CAGGAAAUCAAACUUUAAAGAUUGCUUGUCCAUCCUAUAAUUAACCAUUUUGUUUUUGUUGGUGGAAAGCAUUACCUCAUCGAUAAAGCUUACCGGUCUGAACUGGAGUCUUCUAGAAAUAGUAUUACCGUAAAGUUACUUUGAAACGUGAUAGUGUAAACACGUCAGCUCGAGGCCUUCCUACCUUUCGUUCCUCACUGUAUUCAUUUCUGUCUCUUUACAAGUCAUGAACGCGCCGACUUUUGCAGUCAUUUUUCUUUGUCUGCUUCUAAAUCCAGUAUCUAAAGCUUCACUUUUGCCAUUUCUGAAGCGCGGUCUCGACGAACUUAACCAUUUUCUGAACAUUCCUCAUCCCUUCGUCUCCGUUUUGUUCCCAGAACCUGUCGAAGCCAAGAACAUAACUAUCAAGUUGGGCUUUAUCGGCGCUUUAGACAACUCUCUUGGAGCCACGGCAUCUCUGGGAGAAGAACUGGUUAGUAAUUUGCUAUUACCUAUUACUUGAGGAUUAUUAGUGACCCAGCAGUUUGCUGCGUUCCUGAAACUCACCCUAAUUGCUUUGUACUUUCAGAGCUCGGCGUUCAAGGUAGCAAUCGAAGUCAUAAAUGAAGAGGCUGUCAAGCCGAAAGUUGGCAGUCAAAUAAGACUUUCGAUGGAUUUUAAAAGUAAGAAUUCACUUUAUACUGAUUGUGGUAAAUUGGCUUAUAGCACCUACUUAUACUCUUGAACACGCUUGAGAGGGAAUUAAACUUUAGAACAAAGCAAUCCCAUCACGAUCCUUUCCGUUUGUGUUUGUGCGCCAAGAAUUGGCGAUCUUUCUCACAUUUUUUUGAGUGAGGGUUAUCCUUUUUCUGAAUUAAAACCAUGACAUUUCUUCCGUUACAAGGCCGAGAGGUCUCCAUCAAUUGGUUUCACUCAUCUUUUCUCUAUUGGGAAUGGUUUAGGGUAUAAUGUUAUGUGUGUGAGGUAACGUUUCUCCUUAGAAAAUUUUUGAAGAGUGAGGUUCAUUUUGAAGAAAAGGAAGAAGUUAAAUGUGGCAUACUCAGAGCAGGGAAAUUAUCUGGGGAAUAAUUAGAUUAAUCAACCCAAUUAUUAAUCGAGUUAUGGUAGAGCGUUCAAGCACUAAACAUUAGAAGAUACACGUAUUUAUUAAGUUAUUCCCAUGAUGGGUUAAGUGGCUGCCUUCUUUUAUAACUGUUCUUCUCUGAUAUAGUCUCGUUCUAGACAUCCUGAAACAGAUUUCAUUAAGAGUAGAAAGUUAAAGAUGAAUUUCUUAAUAAUCGUUCUAGUACGUAUUGUAAGCAUCAUUGCAUUCUCAAAUUUUCUGCCUACUGUUCCCAACAUGUAGCCAAGUAUGGGCAAGAAAGCAACCUGGAAUGUUGCGUGUUGUUACAAUGAAAUUCGCAUUUUUAUCUAGAGAUAAAGAGGGACCAUCUCUUUUCAAAAAAUUUUAGCUUAAUAACAUGUAGUAGCGCUAUAUUAAGAGGUCUUUUUCACACUUCUCUUAAUGUUUACAAUGUUUUCUCCUUAUAGCCAUGAUCAAAGAUGGCGGUACCAAUCCAUCAAAGACCUGUAAAAUCGCUGCACAGGAGCUAGCGGCCGAUCCAGAAAUUGUUGGAGUUGUUGGAGCAAUGCGUUCCUCUUGUUCCCAAGCAUCUCAUCAAUAUUUCAGAGACAAAGGUGAGCGAAAAAAUUCGUAGAUAUUCAGUUCGUUUUGAUAUCAGGACACAUCUUGUAACCGUGCGUGUCAAUAUUAAUUACGAGUGUUGGUUCUUUCCUUGAUUAGUCUUCGCUAUUCGCAAACUUUUGUUUAAGAAAGGGCGUAGAAGUAAACUGUUUGGCACCGAAUUGUACUUCUGAUUUGGAAAUAUAAUUAUUGUGCUGGUAUCUGAGAGAGAAGAAUCACAUGGCAUGCGUAUGAUUUACGCAGCUAAAUAGGAUGUAACCAUUUACAACAUUUUAUUACAGUUGAAAUAUUCAUUUUAUCGCAUUUACACAUUGGAAGACAGUUGUGCCAAUUUAAACCAUCGUAUAAAUGUUUCGCUGUAACGCUGCAACAACUUGAAAGAAAAACUUUAUCAGCUUAUAACAGAUGCAGUUUUACCAAGAGAUCAUAAAUAGUUAAAGCUUUUUUUCGAAGUCGAUUUGGUUACGGAAAACCUUCCCUGAUCUGGAGCUCUCCGGACCCCUAAUCAGUUUCUUUCCCCUUAAUGAGAGUUGUAGGUUAACGACAGAGCAGAAAGGCACAACAUAAAAGUGUUAAAGACUGGCCCCUUUUGCUUCACGUAACGAUAGUGCAUGACAGCAGAAAGUGUCAGUGACACAACCCGAUGUCGACUUUUACGAGGCGAUGAAAUCGUGAAACAUCAGACAUGUCUUUGCUAGCAUUAACACUUAUGAUUGUGACCUAAGAAAGUGGCAUCGAAAGUGAAGACAAAGUGAAAACGCCCCGACAAAUGUGUUAACGUUUAUUUGAUAAAAAAUGAUUUAAAGCUGGCUACGAUGGGGGUGAACUGUCUUACAUUAACAGUCUUUUUUGUAUGGCUCUCUUUUAGCGCCGUUCAUGACUCAGAUAUCUUAUGCGUCAACGGCAGCAGAGUUGUCCAAUAAGAAGAAAUAUCCUCGAUUCUUCAGAACGUGCGCCAGUGACGUUGCCCAGGCAGAAGCUUUGGUUGGGUUGGUGACUCUUUUUAACUGGAGACGAGUAAGUAUCAACUUGGCGUCUGCUUUAGAACACCUUUACUACGUGCUUACAGGCCCGGUUCAAACAAAAAAUAUUUCAUGAGUAAAUGGAGAUGCGUUGUAAUAGGUACAUGUAAAGUUCGUUGUCUUAAGUGUAGCAUGUUUGAAUACGUGGGGUACAACUCAGCCGUGGAAUUAGUCUUAGUAAUGGCUUUGCUUAGAACCCGAAGUGAGUUGCUCCCUGCAUGUUUUUGAUUCAUAAAUGGUUAUGUCCUCUACUUGGUUCUGCCUAACGCUAUGUUUAAAGAAGUGUUUUUCCUUUAACUAAGCUUUACCCCUACUCACUUGGAAUUUGUUCUUUUUGAGGCGAAUAUAAUGGUAAUAUAAUUUGAUCUAAGAACUAUUCCGUCAAACAAUCAGAAAAGUUUUAAAGAAUUGAGUUAAGAAAUUCUUGGGUAAUGAUAAGUGUAUUCUUUCCAGAACCUGCUACGCGAAGAGGGUCAGUGCUACAUCUACAUAAAACGCGUGGAUGAAUGAGUUAAAAUGUUGCUAACAUUGUAUUUCUAAGAUAAAUGAUACAUCAUUUUUUUUGUUUUUUUCAUAUAGUAGACACGAGUUUCGCCCCACAACCUUCUAAAUUUUCUGCAUUACCAACAAAAAAUUCCUUGGGUUGAGGCUGCUUGUUGUCCAAAAUUGCAAACAUUCCCUCAUUUCCUUAAUAGUUCCUUUUGUCUUACCACGUAGGUCAGUACCAUUGCUACGUCUGACGGGUAUGGUAAAAACCUGGCUGAUGCUUUUGAAACAGCUGCGCGAUUGCAAGGAAUUAGAAUCCAUGCAUCUGCACGAUUACCAGCUAUGGCAACCUCAGGAGAUAUAGACAGCAAAGUUCAAAUGGUGAGGGACUUUCUUUUAUUUUGAUCAAAAUGGUUUGUUGACAUUAGUAUUUGAAGGGUGGAAUUUAAAAGCAUACACCGAAAUGGCAUUUAAAGCAUGUGUGUCAAAGUUUUGAUGGAAACCUUUCUAGCGAAGUCAAUGUGGUUUGUGCAGCUUGUCAUUUCAAAACUGUUUUGUUUUGUCAAGUAAUCGAUGUUUACUUAAGAGUCGAAUGGUUACACAACACGUCUUGUUACCACCCUGAAAUGGUGUUAAUGGCUUUGAAAUUGCAUCAUCGUUGUUUAUAAACGAGUUUUUACUUGACGAAAGCUAAAAUUAGUCACAAUGGGAAACACAGACUGUCUUUAUCGGGACAGAUUGGUGCCAAAAUGAAUUGCUUUCUCUUUGAAGGUAAACUCUUAUCUUUUGUUCUUUCUGGGUUUUUUUCUCAACGGAUUGUUUCUGUUGUGUAAAUCCACUUUAAAAUAAUCUAAGGUGUGAAAAUACCUAAAACGCUUGAUUAUUGAUGUGCUUAUUAUUGGACCCCCACUCUCUCCACCCUAACAAAUUAUCACCUAACGAUAUUGGUCAUGUAUUAUAAGACCCACCUUCUUGACGCUGGAUUUUCGCUGAGAGUCGUUGAUUGUCAACCGGGAUUAUACUUUGCAUCCUGAUUAUCGGGAUUAGCAUGAGAUCAUCGCAAAAUCGCGUAGGAAAUGGCACAUCUGUUUAUUUCGUAAUUAAAGCUCUUUACUUCUUCUCUCAAGCUGUUGUUACUUUGAUCUUAAGUGUUUUUUAUGUUUUAAUCUCGUAGCUAAAAGAUGCUCAAACAAGAGUUAACCUCGUGUUUGCCUUACCAGAAGAAGCCCGCGCCAUAUUUAAAGCUGCAAAAGCAAAGGUGACUUAGAGUGAUGACUUACAGUCAUUUUAGUGAUGUUUAUUUCGGUUGUUAUUCAACUGUCGUUAGACUCAAGAUUUCUAACAUUCGCUGGACGUUUGCUUCUUUGAUUCCUAAUAUUAACCAUAUUGUCUUAACCUUUUAACGCCAAAGAGUGAUUAACACCCAAUUUCUCCUUGCAGAAUCACAGAUAAAUCAAUCAUUAAGGUUAUGAGAAAAAGGGAUCUGAUGCCAACAAGAGAUUUCACAUUUAACCCUUUGACCCUUAAGAGUGACUAGCAUCUAAUUUCUCCUUUCAAUAUCACCCUGAAUCACACAUUAAGGUCAGGAGAAUAAAGGAAGUGAUCACUAACUAAAGACUCUUUCAAUUUUGAAACUAAUUCUAUUUGUCAGCACCUCAGGAAAUGUAAAGAGAAAAGUAAGGAGAACAUCAUCAUAACCUUACCAAGAGAUAUAGUGAAUUCAAAAGAUUUGCAAAGAUAAAUCUGCGGCAAACUUCCUCGUUAAGUUUGUUUCCAAAACGUAGCACAUGCAUCUCGAUCGAUAACUAGACGCCAUCUUGGAUUUAGGUGAGCUUGAACGUUGUAUAUCAUCCAUCCUAGUGUCCACUUUGUAGCACGUUAGAGAUCUUUUCCCUUACUUAAUUUUGGAGGGUUUAUCAAGAACGCUGACAGCGUAAAGAAAGGUUUUGUUUGUCUUUGAAAAUGGCGACCACCUUUUUUUGAAUUGGCUACCACUUUGAAGAAUUUAGGAGCCAAAUGGCUAUCAGAAAAAAAAAUUAAUUUCACGCCCUGCAUGCAUGUUAAUGUUAGGGUGUAAAGGGUUAAACGUUAAAUUCUCCUUGUCAGUACUUUAGGAAUAUUUAUAGAGAACAGUGUGGAGAAUAUCCAUAUCAAUUUUUAGAGUUUGGUCACCAAUUGGGCUUUGUGGCUAAGAUUAUUUUAUCAUGUUUUUAAUUUUUACUUGCGUGUCUCUAUACUUCCUUCCUUGCAGGGUAUGACUGGGGAGGGGUGGGUGUGGAUAGGAAGUGAUGGUGUCCUGGCCACUCCACCGACCAAUCAGAGCACAGCUACACAAGCAAUGCAAGGAACUGUGGGAACUAUGCCCAAAGGUACGUGAUCAAAAUUCAAGCUGCAGGUCGAGUACAUCGAAAAACAAAAAGCUUAUUUUGAUCGACUGAGAGAGGUGUUAUCCUUCCUUGAGGUUAAUUUGCCUUCACUACGUUUAAUUUUUAUUUCACUCUCUUUUUAUAGGAGGGAUAGGAAAAUGGAUUCUCAGAAUGCUGUUCCGGUGGAUGAAACACAAAGACAACAGGAAACAGUAUCCAGGCAUUAUUUAUGACAAUGUACGUCUGAAUACGGGCAGUAUAUGUUUAAUGCUGAAAAAUUUCGUGCCGGGUUGUUCUUACUCUACUCUACAACGGUUUUCAGUUGAGCGUCGAAAAUAAUAACGUGGGAUUGUUUGAGGUUCGCUCUACUGUGCGUUUUGUUUGGUUCAGGAAACUCUCACUUGAUCGAUCGCAACCGGGUUCAUUUUUUCGGUCGGGAAAUUUGCUUGUAUUUAGUUUGAAUUUUUGAUGACUCUUUGCAGUACUUAACUCUGUGCUGCUUGGCCUUUUGAUUUUGUUACCUUUCAUUUAAAGGCAAUCGCUUAAAGUGGGGUCUAUCAAUUGAUGCAUCUCUCUCUGCGUGUAAUGUAUUAAUUAGGGGUUUGACCAUUGUAAACUCCAGUCAUAAUAGCUUUUUUUCUUUGCACCUUUUAGAUGCCUUGGACGUCGGUGUAUGUCCCGCAAGUGUUUGAUGCUGUUUAUGCUUAUUACUUGGCUUUUGACAGAUUAGCAAGACAAGGCAAAAUAUCUUCGGUAAAUACAGUAUUAUUUCAUCGGUUUAUACAGUGUUAUUCUCGGGCUAAUAUCGGAAGUAAUGCAUCGCGCUCAAUUUUAUUUGAGUUAAUUAAUAUUUUUUUCUUCCCUCUUCUUCGUUUUUCGCAGAGCGACUCUACGUCAACGUUACGAAAGGUGGUCUUUGAUGAGUUGAAGAAAUUCAACAAUAAAAACACAGGAUUUGUCGGUGCUCAAGGUACGACAGAGAUUCAUAAGGAUGGAACAUUAAACCAAUAUCAUGUUGUUUUAAGUUUUAUAAUUUCGUACAGCGUUCAGAUUUUGAAAACGGAGUAGUAGUUCAGAAUACAUCAAUUUAACGAUCUCGAUAGCGAUUGUUUUAUCACGACCGGUGAGCGUCUUCCAGUCGUACAUGAUAGGUACUGAAGGUAAGAGGGAAAACUGAUCAGCUUUCUUUUCUUCCUAAGGUCCCACUUACUUCGAGUCUCCAGGAUAUGACGUUGGAAAUCUUCAGGUUAGAAUCACCCGAGUCUGUCUUUUUUUCUCAUUCCAUAUUUUAUUGUUUUUUGUCGAUGAAUGUUUUGGAUCCUGCUCCCAACCCUCGCUUGUACUCUAUCACAGAUACUUGAUCACUAAGCAGUAGGAAAACAAAUCACUAACAGCAACCCCUUGAAUAUUCUAGACACCUAACAUCAGGUUAUGAUACCACCGCAGUUGUAUUUCUAGAAAUACAGUUGCGUAUCCACUCUCACUCCUAUAUAACUUGUCUGGUACUCCUUGACUUGUAAUGAAUCUUCAUUGAUAAACAAUUCCAAUUCUCGGGAACAAACUAUAAGCGACUACUUUUAGCUAGUGAUAAAAGACAAUAACCACUUCGUUCCGCCUCAUUCAGGGAAAGCUUUGGAAAAAGGUGGGGAAAUGGAACAAAACCAUCGGAGUUGAAAGAAUGGAUGUCAUCAUUUGGCCAGGCAAUACCAAAAUUCCACCAACUGACAAAGGAUUACCCGGUAAGACGACGUUUAGAAUCGGUUUCAUCGCCCCGAUUCACCCAGACUUGGCAGGACUGUCCGAACUCGGUAAAGAGUUUGAAUCGGCUUUUCGCGUUGCUGUGGAGAUGAUGAACAAGGACCCAACGUUGGCAGUGGAUUUCGAUAUCAAAAUUCAAGAUGGCGGUGUGGAUGCUAAUUCCUCGUGCAGAGCGGCGGCUGAUCAACUUGCUAAAGACGGCGUCGUUGCUGUUAUUGGUGCUUAUCGUUCUUCAUGCUCUCAAGCCGCUGCUACUGUUUUAGGUGAGUUUCACAACAGUCCAUUAAUUUCGCACUACACUUGGUACAUUAUCUUUCUUUAGUAAAAAGUACACAUCACAGAUUAGGGGUGUAACUGCUACAAGACAGGCAAUCACGACGAAAGGAAUCUGUUCAUGGCAUUUUCAGCCAGCACUAAAUUUAUAUCUAGGUUUUUUUGCUGACGGUUACUCAGCGGGCGCUAAUAUACCGCCUCCACCCCUCUCUACUUGCAGAGAUGUAUGACAAUAGAACCACUCUAUUGGGACUCCUCUUUUCAGGGUAUACCUGCAUAUAAGGGACAACAAUUUAGCUAACGACCGAAGCAAAUGCCCCUCUAACCUUUAUAUGUGAUGCUUUCAUUUAUGGACUUGUCUUUUCUACCUGUGGGUGUCUAAUGAAUGGUUAUUCCUCUGUAACAUUGUGUGGUACUGUCUUAACCCUUUAACCCUAAGAGUGACUGGCAUCUACUUUCUCCUUACCAUAUUACCCCUGAAUCAAACAUCAAGGUCAUGAGAAUAAAGGAAAUGAUCACCAACGAAAGAAUCUGUUGAUUGUUAGUCAAAUUCUUCUUGUCAGCGCCUUAGGAAAUGUAUAGAGAACAGUAUGGAGAAUAUGAAUACUGAUGUUAUGGUGUGAAGGGUUAAUUUUCCUACUCCUAUUUCCAUUCUCAGGAACUUCAACCAACAGAAUACCUCAGAUCUCCUAUGGCUCCACUUCGUCCGUCUUCUCGGACAAGACCAGUUACAAGUAUUUCUUUAGGACUUGCCCAUCUGAUGUGCAUCAAGCUGCCGUUCUCUCAGCUUUAUUCCGAAAGUACAUGUUGCCGGAAGUCGGCACUGUGGCUACAAACGAUAUUUACGGACAAGAUCUUGCGGACAUGUUUGAAAAAGAAGUCACAGGCAUGGCUGAUGUGCCGGUCAGUGUGGUCAGCAGUCAACGGUUCGAUGUAAAUGCACGAGCAGCCACCGUCCGACCAAAAAUACAGAAGGUAAUUGAGCCUUUCGAUUCGGCCUGAAAUUUGGGGUGCAGACAAUGAUAAUCGCCAUACGACUGUGAGAUUUGACUCGUCUGAAAUUUCAUCAAGAAAGUAAACACAUUCAAAAAGUUCAGUUAUUUGUCCUUCUUGUCGUACCAUGAAUCAUAUCUUACCAGUUUGUCUUCCGUUUUCUAGCUGAAAUCGUCUGGUUCCAAAGUCCAUCUCAUCAGCAUGGUCCGUCAGGAUGCUGAGACGGUCUUCCAACAGAUCAAAGAGCUAGGCAUGACGGGUAAAGGCUGGGUGUGGAUUGGAACCGACGGUGCAACCUCUUCCACUUUCAAUCAACAGAAAGACUUGGAACGGGCUAUGGAAGGCAUGAUAGGAACGCAGCCGAAGAAUGGAGAGGGAAGUAUUUAUUUGAAGUUUCUGGCAGCUUGGCUCAAGAAAGACUCCACAACGUAUCCUGGAAUUGUACACAGUAAGCCGGUGAGUGUAAGUAGUACAGAUAUAAAUGUAUCAUUCGUCUCGCUUAGUUGGUGUCCUUUGCAUUAAAAUCACAUUGAUAUUGGGGUCCCAUCACUCAACCUUCGUUGAAACCAUCACAAGAAGAGUGAAUUUUACUUCAAGUAAAAACAGAUAAACAGGAAAAUUUCUCAGGGAAAAGAGGCGUUUAAUUUAUACAUGCAUCCUUGAUAACAUCCUCUACAAUUACACCUUUGUUUUGGGAAAAUUGUAAAGGUUGAUGUGAUUUGCUUUUUUUAAACUGUUAUCAGUUUUGCUUACGUUAUUGCAUCUCUGUUCAUCCAGACUCCCAUGUCAGCGGCAUUCACUGCGCAGCUGUUUGAUGCAGUACAUGGUGUGGCUCUGGCUCUGUCAGACCUGGUCAAUAAAAAGUCAUUAGCAGAACAUCAGAAGUGCAGACUGUGAGAGACGAACUGUAUCAGAAGUUAAGAACAUUUGAUGACUUCAGUUCGGGAUAUCCGAGCGCGACUGGUACCAACAAUGUGAUGUACUUCGAUCAGAAUCAAGAUCCCCCUCCUCUGUACGAUGUUGUUAAUCUUGUGGUAAGUACUUAAUGUUGUUUUAAGGGAGUUUUGAAUGAAAUCUUCAAAUGAUAGGUUCCCAUUGAUGUUAGACAUCAAUAUGUAAGCAUGAGCAGAUGGAGAGAAGCAUAGAUGAGAUUGGAGAGGUUUAACACGACCCUGUGAAGUAUGUCAACGAGAAACUUCAAAAAAACUGAAAUCGUGAAGGUUAAAGGACACUUAAAACUUCGUAAGGAGAAACUUAUACCACAUAUCAGACAAAUGAUGGAACAGAUUUUCCAUAGAAAUCCAACGUGAUGAAAAUUUGUCAAUGACAAAACGGCCAUUUAAAUAACGUGGAGGAAAAAAAAUCUGCACACGAAAUAAACAAUACGAUGUCUUAAGAACUUGAAUCUAAUUGUUAAACGCGAGAAUAUUCUUGAUCCUUCAGGGUAACAAUUGGAUUACGGUCGGUCAGUACGACUCCAAAACAAAGAAAAUCGGUUUGAGAAGAGAUAUAGUGUUCCCUGGUGGCGUGACAAGGAUUCCUGGCAAAGAUCGACCAACUUACAAGAUCGCCGCUUUCUUUCCAACUCAUGAAGAUCUUGGGCCGUUAAGGGACUUGGGGCUAGAGUGGCAGGCAGCCUUCAGGAUCGCUGUGGAGCUCGUAAAUACGGGCCCUUUCAAGGUGGCCUUUAGCUAUGUUCUUGUUGAUGGAGGAGAAAAUGCGGAAACUUGCCGACGUGCAGCACAGGUAGGAUAAUAACUUAAACUCAAGUCGUCAAGGUUUUCGUCGUUAGGUUGUCGGCUUUAAUUGCUUAUUUGUUCUGUGAAUUAGUUCCGAAUGGUUUUUAUAAAGAUAUCACCCUACAGUUGAUGAAAGGAUUUAUUGUCAUCUCUAACUUGCUGGUUAAUGUAUUGGUUAUGUGAGUAGACCACUAUGUCUUUUCUUUCAGAAUCUUCCGGACGACGCGGAUCUUAUCAUCGGAGAAGCCAGGUCGGCCUGUUCCAUCGCAAUUGCUGAAGCCACGAAACAAAAGAAUAUUCCUCAAAUGUCGUACGCUUCCACGUCUGCGCUACUAUCAGACAAGAAGAAUUAUCCACACCUUUUUCGCACAUGCGCUUCUGAUGUGUUCCAAGGGAAAGCUCUGGCUAAGCUGGUUGAAAGAUACAAGUGGACACAAUUGUCCACUGUAACGACACUUGAUCUGUACAGUGAAGAGCUCGCUCGUAAGUUUGCCGUAGAAGUGCGGAAGAAAGGAGUCGACAUUGUCACCGAGCAACGGUUUGAAGCGCAAACAAAAUUGAGUAUCAAGGAAUAUCUUAAAGAGGUGAGACACUUAGCACCAGUGUAUGUAUAAUUACUACAGGCAGCCACUGAAAGCUUAUUGCGCAUUGCUUUUUAGCACCGAGUUUCGUUCUCCUUCUCCUUCUCCCCAUACCCCCUCGACCUUCGUUUUUCGGCUUUCCUUGGUACUCCCUUCAGAGGGGUAACGAAAUCGUGUUCAGAAUUUCCUUAUCUCAUUUCCAACGAAAUAAAAUUUAUAAAAAAUGUCUCUUUGAACAGAUAAAGAAAGCUGGGACAACAGUAAACUUGGUUAGUGCCACGACUGAUGACGCAGAAAAAGUUUUUCAAGAAGCGAUAGAACAGGUAACAAAUUGAUUUGUCAUUGUUAUCUACCCAACAUAUUGGGGGUUCAGUAGAUUUAGUACUCAGAUACUUUCGUUUUACACGGAGGAGUAUAUUCCCGUUUAAAAUAACCUCUUCCUCCUUUCCUGGCUUGAAGAGGCCAUUUUCGAUAUAAUAACACUAAUACUUGGCUCCGAGGCUUGAGGAAAUGAAACGUAAGAAAUCACAUUGACAAUGAGGGAUGAAUAAUUAAUUUAUUUUGUUUUAUUCCCCCCUAGCCUUGGAGCCAUGUUAGAAUUUCACAUGGCUUAUUGUGUUUGUCUUCCGUUGUCACAUUGUUUCUUUUUUUUUCCCGUUACCAGAGUAUGACCGGUAAAGGGUGGACAUGGAUUGGAACUGACGGUGCUACCACAUCACCAUUCGUGGAGUCUCCCAACUUACAACUAGCCAUGCAGGGUAUGGUAGGCACCAGGCCUAAACACGGUGAAGGAGCACUAUACCAAAAACUGCUAAAGACCUGGAAAGAAAAAGACGCAUCCAUGUACCCUGGUCCUAUCCAUUCUCCCAGAGUGCUACAGGUUCGUUUGUAUUUUAAUUAUCUCAUCCGCACUUCUUCAAUCUUUCCCAACGACUUUCGAUGUAAGGUUUUUUUUCUUUUUUUUUUAAGUUAAUAGAUUUAACUAGAUUAAAUCGCUGAAACUGUAUUCUGUAUGCUCUUGAAAUCCAAUCGUAUUUUAACCCAAGUUUACAGAGUUUUCACUAGAAUUAGAGAGAGAUCGGUGUCUUACUUAUAUUAUCCAAGUGUUAACUCCUGGUAAUAUUCUUUGUUUUAUUAUCCAAGUGUUAACUCCUGAUCAUUCAUUCCACAGGCUUCAGCUUAUGUUGCUCAGGUCUAUGAUUCUGUUCUUGCUUAUGCGCAUGCUUUAACAAGACUUCAUGAAGCGGGAACCAUAAAUAAGGUAAGUUUGUUUAAAACUAAGUCCAUUUACGAACAAAGGGUCUAAAAAUUACGUUUGCAAUUUUUGAGCUAAAGGACCCCAAUCUAAGAUGCUGUUCUUGAGGCGAAUCAGGAAUUUGAAAUCAAUCAAAAUGGCAAACAGCUUUUUAUCUCUUGUAUUCGAUCGACUCGGCAAAUUUAUUCGUGUACUCUUGGCUCUGGGUUUUGUUUAAGUCGAUGAGGUAAAAAGCGGAAAUUAUUUGAUAAACUUUAAACAACGAACCUUUGAAUAUUUUACCAUAAAAUAUUGAAAGUGCUAGAGUGCUUCAGUGCUAAACUCUGAGUGUAAUGACCAGCUUGAGAACGUUUGCAUGCUUUACGUGCCUACCUCUACCUUAUUUCUCCCUCUUGCCCCUUUAAAUGUUAUUCAUCCAAACGUUCUCCGCCUCCCAGUACUCCUCCCGUGCGGACGUGCAAAAGGAGAUAAUGACAGAAAUACGCAAAAUGAAAGACGCAAGUACAGGAUUUGACAGCUCAACCGGAAGAAAACAGUUCUUCGAUUCCAAUCAAGAUGCGCCGGCAAUUUAUGAUGUUGUGAACCUAAAUGGAGAUUCAUGGGUGAAAGUUGGUUCUUACGACCCCUCCCCGGAUCAUGGACUCAGUAUAAGGAAAAAAAUUGUGUGGCCAGGAGGGAGCCUAAAUACCCCGAGUGAUCACCACUCACCAAGGUAUUAAUUCGAGUUACCAUAGUUUUUUUUUCUUUUUUUCGCCUUUCUUUCUUUCACUCGCCAGUUACUAGAACACUUUAUGUUUGCAAGACCUAAAACUAUUUUUGGCUUGAUUCGAAGUGUAAUGUUAUUUAUUUGGUUCUAUUUUUACCCUUCACAGUGUAAAGGAAUCUGCUGUAACCGAACCGCCGAAAGCAACAGGUGUCAGUGAUGGUGGUAUCAUAGCUCUUGGCGUUGUAUUCGGCACUUUUGCCGUCGCCAUGGGAACUUUUAUAGCUUACUUGAUAUACAGAGAGAAAAAGGGAAAACCCUCCUUUGGACCUCAGGUAAGAAUAUUCACAUUUUCCUUGUUUCAACUUUGUUUUAAUUUCUCUUUCAAUAAAGACUUCUAUCUAUGUGGUCCACAGCCUCCUCCCUCUUAAACUCUCAAUGAAUGUACCUAUGGCAAUUACUCUUUUCCUCUUUUGUAUGUGAGGAUUUUCAUUAAGAAUACGAUAGUACUCAAGACAAUAUAUAUUUUACGAUAAUGAGUUCCUUAUUCUCAAAACAAAAUGCUUAUUAAAUGUGAGAUCGGAAUAGUUAUGCUGUUCAGUUUUUUUGACGGUCUCUUUAAAUUAAUUGACGCGUAGUGUUUGUUACUAUUUUUCUUCGUUGCUCUCUCUGGCUUUUCUUCUACGUCUUUGUUGCUUAUCGCGUGUGUUAAUCAUUGUUCUUAGGUCUUCAGACAAACUUAUCAUUCACCGGUAAGCGAGAUAGCCUCUGUUAUGGAUAAUGGAAACAUACAAGUUAUACGAGCAGUCAAAGAGCCUAUAACAUAAAGCUUACAGGUAAGAUGAACUAAAGAAUUUUUUUUUUAUGUUAAUCUUCCGUUUUUGGACCUAUCUUCGUUUCCUUUCACGUGGUUUUAAGAAAUGAAGCUUCGUCGUUUUUUUCGCUCCUUCCUUGUUCAAGGGGUUUUUCCUUUUUGACGUGUCAGCCAAAUUCAGUUGUAUUGAAAAUAGUCAGGGAUAAUUUAGUUUGCAUACGAUUUGUAGUGCUAUUUGUUGUGUCUAACAUUCAUUGUUAUAUUUUAGAUUUCCUCAGAGCCUUAGUGACAAGAGACGAUGACGGAUCAAAUCUGAACAAGUUUCUUGGAAAAGUAGAAUAUUUAUUGAAACUUUGUUUCACAAAUGCCAUGACUUGCUUUGGUCCAGCGGAAUACGUUCAAAUUCAGACGGCAUAUUGCACAAAGGAUGACAGAAUUGUUGUAUAGGAAAUUUUUAAGUUUUAAAUAUGACAUUGUUGCUUGUAAAUAUUUAUAUGUUGAAACGUAGUUGUUCUUUGUAUUCAACAUGUUUCUUAAUUGCUCUACAUCACGACAAAGUGAGUCCCAGGACUCGCUAGCCAGGGAUCGUAUCAUAAUGUCUCAUUUUCGCUUAGAUUCUCUUUAGAAAACAGCAGUAAAGAGUAAAGUGGUCCCACAUGACUCUAAAUAAGCUAGGUGACAAUGCAACUGCGACACUCGAACUCAAGAGAAGACACAUCGGUGCUAAUUUUUUUCAGAAAUGUCAUGCAAAAAAAUAUAUAAAAUCUGAUUGGCUAUGACACACAGAGCAGCUAACCAAUGAGGUUAGAGGAAAUCAGUUCAAAGCAAAGGAAAGGCUGCAUAGGAAGAAUUUAGACCUCCAAACCUAAAGAUCUUUUUUGGUUUCAGCUUUGAAUUGACUGCGUUAAAAACAUCACGUUGGGAAGGUUGUCCCUUUUUUUGUGGCAUUCAUCAAAUGACCAUUUUACUGAUGGCUUAAACAUAUUGACAUUAGUUAUCAUUAUCUUAUGGGUGCGUUGAGUUAAUCAUACAAAGCCUUUGAGAUUUUCACGUCGUGUAGUUUUAAGGUCGCUUUUCCGUACGGUUUAGCUAAUUGCUUCUAUGAAGCAGAAAUCUGGUCUCAAUAAAUUUUAGUUUCUGUGCGAUAAUGUUUGUUCGACUAUCGUUGUUCAUUUCAUACGUUUGUCCGAAAGUGAUCAUUAAUAUUGCUUCUACUUUGUUCCCACGGGCUUAGAUAGAUUAUUUGUUCUCGCUUGGUGCUAAGUAUAUUCUGCUUUACCAGAUCUCGCCUCUUGGUUUACGUGACGCAUUUGUGUGCUGGUCACACAAGAUGUCACACGGCGAAGCGGGUUGAACAAAAUAUACGAUUACAUCAUAGUAGAUACAAUCUGUGUUUAGUUCAGUCGAAAAUUAUUUUCGGUACAUGUAGCAUAUCACAGUAAUAAAAAGAUGAUAAAUGUAGAGUCCGUUUUCCAUAUAAAUCCUUUAAACCCUAAGAGU